UUUCGUGAACCGGAAGUAUUGAAUCAUAACACAUGUCAGGAGGAAAUAAUCGCCAUAAUACAUCGUAAUACACAGUCACAAGUGCAAUGAGUGGCCAGAAUUUCGAAGAAAUUGACGAAGAGGAUUUUGAAAAGUUUGCUUUAAAUCUUGAAGAUGUUGUCGACGUAAUUGAUCUCGAUGAUAACGUUCCACCCCCAGAUUCAGACGAUGAUGACAAUGAUGGAAUGGAGGUGGAUGGAGAGGGUGCAGCUGCCACUGGUAUUGUUGCCGAUGUUGACGAUGCUGAUAUUGUUUUCAAGGAACACAAAGAUUCUGUGUUUUGUGUGAGAGUUGACCCCAAAACUUGUACCCUGGCUGUGACUGGAGGUCAAGAUGACAAGGCUAUAGUGUGGAACAUGGAGACUGGCCAUGUCGUCCUUGAAUGUACAGGUCACAAGGACUCUGUCACUAGUGUGGGUUGGAGUCAUGACAGUAUGUACGUGGCAACCGCAGAUCUGAGUGGGUUGAUCAAGGUGUGGAGGGUGGACACAAAGGAAGAGGUGUGGUCAUUUGAGGCAGAAGAUGUGGAAUGGUUGCAGUGGCACCAUGGCGCCCAUGUCCUCCUGGUGGGUACAGUGGAUGGGCAGGUGUGGAUGUGGAAGAUACCAGGAGGUGACUGCAAGACAUUCAUUGGCCAUGGUGCAGGUGCCAUCAGUGGGGUUGUCAUGCCGGAUGGGAAACGAGCCUGUGUUGGAUACGAAGAUGGUAUAAUCAAAAUAUGGGAUCUGAAGACGGGAGAAUGUCAACACACUAUCACAGGUAACGACAGCCAUAAUUCAUCUGUGGUGUCGCUGCACAGCAGCAAGGACAACUCCCUUUUAAUGAGCGGCUCCACGGACAUGACAGCCAAACUUGUCACUGCUACAACGGGAAAGGUGAUAUCUACCUAUGAUUGUUCUAGUCAUCGCAUUGGAUCAGCAGAAGAUGAAAAUUCAGUGGAAAGCGUGGGGCUGUCUAGUGUGGGGAACUACGCAGCAACAGGAACGCUGGGCGGUGUGAUGAGCAUCUGGGACAUUGCCACACAUGUAGUCAGACACCAGUGUGUCCAUGCCGAUGGUAUCGUGAAGCUGAAGUGGGAUGAAACAUCCCCGCUGGUGUACACAGCAAGUCUGGAUGGAGUGGUCAGAAUGUGGGAUGCUCGCAGCGGCAAGGAGGAGACCCGCUGGACGGGACACUCAGCGGCCAUACUGGACUUCGAUAUCACAGCGAAUGGUAACAACUUGGUUACAGUUUGUGAGGAUCAUACAGCAAGAGUGUUCUCAAUUAAAUCACCGGACAGAUGAAUGCAGCCCUUGUACAGUCAUGUUUUAUAAAUGUAUAAAGA